CCCCAUUCGGCCACUCUCCAGUCCGCGGAAGGGUGGCGGACGGCGAGGAAAGGGUGCGAGGUGAGCGGGAAGACGGCAGCCCGGUCGAUUCGAGGCGCGGAAGUGCCACUCGGCGAGGCACGACCGCUGGCAGGGCUGACGCGGUUUCCACAGCCGCCCGCCCGCCUUCAUCAGAGUCCAUAAUCCAAGCUCUAAACAGGUUCGUCCAUGAGCAGAUAAGGCGCGCGCCACGCCGCGGCCACCACACGUACGUAAGGCGCCAACCCCAUCUCCGGGAAAGUAUGGGGGCGCUACCCGUCGCCCACAGUCUCGCUCUCACCGCCGCGUUCCUCCCGUGCCGCCGCCCCGCGGCCCACGGCCGGUGCCGGCGCCGGCGGUACAGAGCGGUGGUGGCGUACAUGGAGCCGAACCCCAACUCGCCGGCGGCCAUCGCGGGGCGCCUCGUCGGCGCCCUUCCCAUCGUGGGCCUCGUGGCGCGCAUCCUCAACGACGAGGGCGGCGUCGGCGGCGACAUCAUCGACUUCGCCGAGUUCCGCCGCCGCGUCAGCAAGAAGUGCACGGUCAUGGACUCCAAGGCCUUCUACGACUUCAACCAACGACGCGGGAAGCCAGGCGAUCCCUUCUACGUUCUACUGUGCUGCUGGCUGGCCGCCAUCGGCGCCGGGCUGCUCAAAACGGAGGAGAUCUUGGAAGGCGUGGCGCGCCUCCGCAUCUCCAACGACAUCGAGUUCGAGGAGGAGACGUUCAUCGACAUGAUGAGGGCGGCAAAGGAGAAAAGGGCGAAGCUGAAGGCUCCUGCUCCGCAGAUACCGAUGGAGACGCGGGCGGAGAAGGCCCUCGAAGCCAUCUACGUGUGCUGCUUCGGUCAGGACAUGGUGGAGGACGAGGACGAGAAGCUUCUCCGGGCGAUACUGAACGCCGUGUUCCCCUCCGUCGGGCGGGCCGCGGUCGAGAGGAUGGUGGCGUCCAUGGCCAAGCAGGUGGCCUCCGGCGAGAGGAAGCGGGACGGGAGGACCGUGUCCAAGGAAGUGCAGCAGCGGCAGCUCAAGGACCUGGAGUUUCUGAAGCAGAACAAGCUGGAGUCGUCGUGAAGCAGCAGCGGCGGCGAGCAGAAACUUGGCAGCAAAUCACGCGGCGUGGUUCGCCGGCGGCUGCAGCAGCCUUGCUUUCGGUUCGUUUUGGAACAACGGAUUCAUGGUGGAAUUUUGUAGGAUUAUUAGAACAGAACUCUAUGUGAAUUUGUAACCCUUUGGAAGUUGGAACAAGGAAGUGGCCAUACUGAAAUCCUACAUGCCCUUUUUGGAACCGUGGUAUGCUGAACACUGGGCUUCAUAAAAAUAUUAUCUCCAACAUUGUAAUUAGAUUUGUAGUAUUAUAAUCAUAAUUCAUAACCACCGCUUCUUUGU